GGAACGAUCCUGUCGACUCACACGGAUGUCUCGCCAAGAGCUGUUUCAUUCGGGGGAACGAGCAUCAUCCAAGAGCUGCAAUGUGCACAUGCAAGGAAGGGUGCGAGGGCCUGCGCUAGCACGCAUUCCCUUGCGCUGAUCGACAGGCAAUCGAUCUGCUUUUUCUCGAUCUACUAACAUCCGACAGCGAUUACACGAGGUCGCAUGCCGCCCAGAGAUGCCCCGCCACGGCUCCUACGUCGGCAUCCACUCGACCGGUUUCCGCGACUUCCUGCUGAAGCCGGAGCUGUUGCGAGCGAUCAGCGACCUUGGUUUCGAGCACCCUUCUGAGGUGCAACAAGAAUGUAUUCCGCAGUCGAUCCUCGGCAUGGACGUUGUCUGCCAGGCCAAGUCUGGUAUGGGUAAGACAGCCGUCUUUGUCCUGGCGACACUGCAGCAGAUCGAGCCGGUCGACGGCGAGGUGAGCGUGAUCGUGCUGUGCCACACGCGCGAGCUCGCCUUCCAGAUCCGCAACGAAUUCGCUAGGUUCAGCAAAUACAUGCCCGACGUCAGGACCUCGGUCGUGUACGGUGGUACACCCAUCAAGGACGACCAGGCGCUCCUCAAGGAUAAGACCAAGUGCCCGCACAUCCUUGUUGGCACGCCCGGCCGCAUGAACGCUCUCACCAGAGACAAGACGUUGAAGGCGACUGGUGUUAAGCACUUUGUUCUCGACGAGUGCGACAAGAUGCUUGAGGCUGUCGACAUGCGCCGUGACGUCCAAGAGAUCUUCCGGGCUACUCCACACCACAAGCAGGUCAUGAUGUUCUCAGCAACACUCGCUAAGGAGAUCCGUCCGACGUGCAAGAAGUUCAUGCAGAAUCCCCUGGAGAUCUACGUCGACGACGAGACAAAACUCACAUUGCACGGCCUGCAGCAGCACUAUGUCCGCCUCGAUGAGGGCGCUAAGAACCGCAAGCUGAACGACCUACUCGAUACGCUCGAAUUCAACCAGGUCAUCAUCUUUGUCAAGAGCAUCUCGCGCGCCAACCAGUUGGACAAGCUCCUGCAGGAGUGCAACUUCCCCAGCAUCUGCAUUCACGGCGGUCUGCCGCAGGAGGAGCGGAUCAAGCGGUACCAGCAAUUCAAGAACUUCGAGAAGCGUAUUCUUGUCGCGACCGAUAUCUUCGGAAGAGGUAUCGACGUCGAGCGGGUAAAUGUCUCCAUCUCAUACGACACUCCGACCGACGCAGACAGCUACUUGCACCGCGUGGGAAGAGCUGGUCGCUUCGGUACCAAGGGUCUUGCCAUUAUGUUCGUCAGCAGUGAUGAUGACGAAAAGGUGCUGCAAGACAUUCAGGCUCGCUUCGAGGUGGCCGUUCCCGAGCUGCCCGACACGAUCGACUCUUCAUCGUACAUGAAUCAGUGAAAUAGUCUGCAGGAGAACGCAUCCCCGCGCUUGACUGUAGAGCCUAGCUACAUUGUGAUGUUAGUAACACGUAGCAAUGCAAAAUCUCGUUUCGCACUGCGUCCAUAUUGCAAAUUGCAUUGCAUUCAUGUUACA